AUGACUACCACAUCUAGUCAGCUCCAGCAGUCUCCGGCUACCCCGAUUUACAUUCUUCGGGGACAUGCGGCCCCAAUCCAUGCCUUACACGUCUUCGCAGCGAACCUGCGACUGGUGUCCGGAGAUGCUGAUGGCUGGGUAGUCAUCUGGGAUCUGGUUACCAAACGACCUGUCACGGUGUGGAAAGCCCACGCCGGAGCCGUGCUGGAGGUGAAAGGCUUCAGUCUGAGUAAUGGUGUGAUAGAGAUUUAUACACAUGGCCGCGACCACAAACUUUGUGUCUGGAAAAUUCGAACAGAAGACGAGACAUUUCUUAAUAAGACUCUCCCCGUUGACCUUGCGCAGUCAACUGCCUCUGAGAAAGGGACGCAGCCAUGGCUACUCCAUUCUCUGUCGGUGAAUGCGCUCAACUUUUGCGCCUUCUCAAUGACAUUCAUCGAAACGACUGAGGCCAAGUUUACAGAAAGCUCUAAAGAAUCAACGAGCGCCAUUCGUCAGAAUGUUCUUUUCGCCGUGCCAAACGCGCUCGACUCUGGAGGAAUCGACGUUUUUCACCUCCCAUCCGAGCGCCGCUUGACUACGGUCAAAUCAGACCCCUCGGUCAAAACUGGAAUGCUGAUGGCAGUCAGCAUUUUCAUUUCUCCGUCUGGAGAUAUCUUCGUUGCAUCCGCCUUUGAAGAUGGGCACGUCAUGGUGUUCACGCAUAAGGGCCCUCUCAACCCAGCCAGCUUCGAGCUCAGCAAUAUCAACUCAAAUCCAUGGAAAUGGAAUAAACUCUACGCCAGUCGCCCUCAUAGCCAACCAGUUCUAUCACUUGACGUGUCUCCAUCGCAUGAUUAUUUCAUCUCCUCUUCCGCAGAUGCAUUGCUCAUCAAACAUCCGAUCCCUAGCACCGGCUCCGUGGGAUUUUUUCCCACUGGGAAGUAUACCGAAGACAAAGCUUUAAAAACUGUGAAUACGAAACAUUCGGGUCAGCAGGGACUCCGAAUUCGGAGUGAUGGUAAAAUCUUUGCCACUGCUGGCUGGGACAGCAGGGUGAGGGUUUUCUCUGGCAAGACGAUGAAGGAGCUAGCAGUGCUUAAAUGGCAUAAGGAAGGAUGCUACGCCGUUGCUUUCGGGGAGGUAGACCCUCCAGACUCUCAGUCCACAUCUCAAACCGUUAAGGCCGAACGCUCAAGUGGCCAGGAGUCGACACAAGAAGAAACCAGCCAAGAAGGAGUACCGGAAAGGUCAAUUGCAGCCGUGCACCAGCAGCGCUUCCGAAAAAUACAACACACUCAUUGGCUCGUGGCAGGUUCCAAGGAUGGCAAGAUUUCAUUAUGGGAUAUCUACUGA